CGUUCCGCCGCGUUGGUUUCAGAGGACGGGAAUCAAGUGAAACAAAUCUCCUGACAGGAGAAAAGUUCACGCUGGAGUUCUCAAAGACCUCAGAAGGCCUCAUGAAGUCCAAGCUGAACAUGGAGAGUUUGACCAAGCCGGAGCUGCUGAUGCUUUUCAGCAUUUUGGAAGGAGAGCUGGAGGCCCGGGACAUGGUCAUUGACGCCCUGAAGGCCCAGCGUAAAGAGCCGUUUAUCCAGGAGCGCUACAGCAGGUACAACCUCAGCGACCCCUUCCUGGCCCUGCAGAGAGACAGCGAGGCGGUCGGGGACCAGAACCAGGACCAGGGCUGUUCCUCCUCUACCUCCAACCCGCUGGUGGUUCUCAAACUGGUGGUGAGCCACUGCAGGAGGAUGCAGGAGAAGAUGUUGGCCCAGCUGGCUGCAGCGGAGAGCAGGCACAGGAGGGUCAUCGCAGACCUGGAGGAGGAGAAGAGGAGGCACGCCGAGGACACGGCGGAGGGAGAUGAUGUCACUUACAUCCUGGAGAAGGAGAGGGAGCGCCUACAGCAACAGCUGGAGUUUGAGCGCGGCCAAGUGCGGCGGUUGGAAAAAGAGCAGCGGCGGACGGCCGAGCAGCUGGAAGACGAACGGGCUCAGCACAAACAGCUGUCCUGCGCUUUGGCCAAGGAGUGCAAGUGGGCGAGCACCAGGGCUCUGGAGGAAGGCCACCGGCUGAGCGAGCUGAGCCGCAGGCUCGACAAGGAGACGGAGGCCGGUCAGCUCCUGAGGACGGAGUUGGCGGAGGAGAGGAGGAGAUCCCUGCGAAUGGAGGCGCGGGUGGAGGAGCAGCUGGCCGAGUUCGACACAGAGCGGGAGCAGCUCCGCUCGCGCCUGAGGAAGGAGGAAGCUCAGCGCCGGCAGCUGCAGCGACAGGUAGAUGAGCUGAAGAGGAGGCCGGAGGAGGUGAAGGCCGCGGGAGACGCUAGAGACGCAGCUCCAGGAGACGCGGACGGACUCGAGUGGGCAACAAAGGUCCCUCCAGGACAGACGGCGGUAGGCGGCAUGACAGUCGAGGACAUUGAGGAGGACACAACCGACGAUGACCAAUGUCCGAUGGAAACCAACGGGCGGCGCGGCCCGGACGGCGGCCUCUCGGAUAUCGACUGCGUCCGCAACGGGGGUGGAAGCCCGCCGGCCCAGUCGUCCUUCUCCUGCUGCACUCUGCCGCCUCGCUCCCCCUGCUCCUCGCCCGUCCUCGCCAGGCAGCCCCCGGGCAGCCCCGGCGGCUACCAGUCCCCCUACCAGGCCGGCAUCAACCAGCGUUUCCACGCCGCCCGCCACAAAUUCCAGGGCGCCGCCGACCCGGAGCCUCAGGCGCCGGCCCCUCAGGCGGCCCCCGCCCUCCCGCAAAAGGACUUCUGCCCAGCGACCGGCAGCUCCUCCCCCAGCGAAGGCAGCCCCGUCAAGCAGAUGGCCCGGAGCACGGUCACCCAAGUCCUGUCCCGCUUCACCCAGCGCCAGCAGAGCGCCGCGCCCAAGCUGGCGCCGACGAACAACUCCCCCUUCGGCACGGACUACCGCAGCCUGGCGGCGCCCUCGUCCCCGGUCGUCGGGAGGGCGGCCGUGGCGCUUCCACAGGGGAUACGGUCACCCACCAUCGCCAGGGCGGACAGGGGCAACCCUCCGCCCAUCCCGCCGAAGAAGCCCGGCCUGGCACAGGCCCCGCCCUCCCCGGCCACGGUGCCCAGGUCGGGCAGCCACUACUCCGACAGUCCGCUGUCGGGCAGCUGCGGCCUCACCUCCGGCCAGGAGGCGGUCAAAGAGCUGGACAUGGUGGUUUCUUCUAAUUGACAAGCGGCCGAUCGUUCGAUUGGCCGAGGGAUUAGUCAGCUGCUGCUCUGCGUGGUUUAGUCCACGUCUCAUCGAUUGUCGCUUUGUACAUGAGAGGAUUCAAACACUGUUACAAAUGUAUUUAUUCGUCUUUUUUUUGUAUGCGCUUAGGCGAUAUUUUAGAUAGAAGUCCACAUAGUUUGUAUUUAAAAUGUGCACGCUGUGCUAUUACAGUAAGUUAUGGGGUCAUAUUUCCAAAGAAUACAAAUCAGUUUGUCACCUGAAAAGGUGUUAUUUUGUUGCCUUCUAUAUGAACAAAUCCUUUAAUCUUCAGACCAAAUAUAACUCGUAGUCCUUGGUGGUCCAGUAUGCACGUUGUUGUCUUUUAUAAAAUGUACAGUUUAUUUUAUUAAUGCCCCUUAGUUAUUAAUGUAUAAUAGGUUAACAAUAGAUCAUCUAAUAACUGUUAAAGCUUUGAUCAAGUAUUAGUUUAAGGAGCUUACACCAUUGUAUAAUAAUUUGUUUAAGAGUAGUGAUUCUGAUGAAUGUCAUGCCUUUGUCCUUUAUAAGAAAUCAUUAUAAAACAUUUGAUUACUUUAUAGUCAACCAUGAUUAAUUAUUACUGGAUCAUAACAUUAGCGUGUUGGUUAUUUUUACUUUUCAAGGUCCUUUACAGUCCUGUAAAUACUGGAAUGUGAAGAAAUAUAAUAAAUGAAUGCCAAAGUUG